GCGAACGAGUUGUUUUACAGCUAGCUCUCCGAAAUCUGAUUUCUUGCAGACAUGGUCCGUCAGCUCAAUUGUAUCGCCGCCGUGUCCAAAAACAUGGGCAUUGGGAAGGACGGGGACCUGCCCUGGCCCUUGCUCAGGAAUGAAUUCAAGUACUUCCAGAAAAUGACCACAACUCCUUCAGUAGAAGGCAAACAGAAUCUGGUGAUAAUGGGGAAAAAGACCUGGUUCUCCAUUCCUGAGAAGUGUCGACCAUUAAAAGACAGAAUUAAUGUAGUUCUUAGCAGAGAACUGAAGGAACCUCCUCAGGGAGCUCAUUAUCUGGCCAGCAGUCUAGACAAUGCAUUGAACCUUCUCGAACUUCCAGAACUAGCAGAUAAAGUGGACAUGGUUUGGAUAGUUGGAGGCAGCUCUGUUUAUAAGGAAGCAAUGAAUAAACCUGGUCAUCAGCGACUGUUUAUAACAAGAAUUUUGCAAGAGUUUGAGAGUGACACAUUUUUCCCAGAAAUUGAUCUAAAGAAAUAUAAACAACUCCAAGACUAUCCGGGUGUUAGUCCUGAUGUCCAAGAAGAAAAAGGCAUUCAGUAUAAAUUUGAAGUGUAUGAAAAACAUGAGUAAUAUGAAAACCUUUGAAGGCUUUUAUUUCCAACCAAUUUCUCCACCAAAAGUGAAGUUUGUAUCAUGUUAGUAUAAAAAUGUUUGUGUUUGUUCUUUUUAAUUUUUUCAGUCAAUAAACAUUUAUUAGUACCAA